GCUGAUAAACAGUCAUCGUUUCCCAAAGUGGCCGAACAAGACUGCAACUGCACCCCCUAGUGGUUGGAGCAGAUACAAGCAUCAUCCUCCUUGAGAUUAAGAGAUGCGAUGGCAACGCCCAGCAAGGAAAUCAAACUGCGUCAUCGGGACAAAGGGGCCCCCAGCAACUCCGCAGGAUCAGAGAGCCAGUCCAAGAACGUGGAGGAGGAACAGACAGACCAUGAAGCACAUGACUUGAUACAGUGGAAGAGGCAUAUAGAGGCUGUGAAGGCCGACCUCUUGGAGCAGAUUCAGAGCCAGCUCAGUGACCUCCUGGACAGGGCCAUGAAGGAGUCAGCGGAGUCCUACUCCCGUAGGAACCACGUACUCUCCAGUACCAUCAAAGUCAGCAGGAGCGGGAGAAACCUUAGGAUGGAACAUGGGAAAGUUUUUAUGGAACGGAGGUCAAUCCUUGAUGAGCUGUUUGAGAUCAAUCACAUCCGAACCCUCUACCACAUGUUCAUCGCCGCUCUACUGCUCCUCAUCAUCAGCACCUUGGCGGUGGAUUACAUUGACCAGGGAAGGCUUGUUCUGGAUUUCGACCUGCUGUUCUACGCCUUUGACAAGCUGCCAACCGUGCUCUGGGCCUGGAUGAUCAUGUUCAGCUACACGCUGGCCGGGCCGUACCACGCGCUUACCCUGUGGGGGAGCCGUUACCAUGGCACUGGCACUCCCCAAAGGGUGCUCACCGCGGGCUGUGGUCUCGCUCUGGCGGCCGCACAGAGCUGCGUCCUGGGGGUGUUCCCCGUCUAUGUAGUGGUACAUCACCAGCUGCCCCCCGCUUCCCGGUUCAUCAUUAUCCUGGAGCAGGUCAGAUUUCUGAUGAAGAGCUAUUCCUUCAUACGGGAAAAUGUUCCACUGAUCAUGAACCACAAGCCACAGGAAGGAGAAGUCCCUAAGCUCCCCACCUUCUCCAGUUACCUCUACUUCCUCUUCUGCCCCACUCUCAUCUAUAGAGAGUCCUACCCCAGGAACCCGUCUAUUAGAUGGAACUAUGUCGGAGUCACUUUUGCGAAGGUCCUGGGCUGUUUGUUUUAUCUCUACUUCAUCCUUGUGCGGCUCUGCAUCCCUGUCUUAAUGAACGAGAACAACCAUCCCCUUAGCACGCGCACGCUAGUGCUCUCGCUGCUCCACGCCACCCUGCCAGGCAUGCUGAUCCUCUUGUUGACCUUCUUCGCCUUCCUGCACUGCUGGCUCAACGCCUUCGCCGAGAUGCUGCGCUUCGCCGACCGCAUGUUCUACAAGGACUGGUGGAACUCCACAUCUUUCGCUAACUACUACAGAACGUGGAACGUGGUGGUUCACGACUGGCUUUACUACUACUACUAUCAGGAUUUUCUCUGGCUGACCCGACGCAAGUUCCGCACGGCUGCCAUGCUGUCCGUGUUCCUCGUGUCGGCGCUGGUGCACGAGUACGUCUUCACCCUCUGCUUCGGGUUCUUCUACCCCGUGAUGUUCUGCCUCUUCGCCGUCAUCGGAGUGGUGUUCAACUUCACCCUAAACGACAAGCGUAAGGGUCCCGUGUGGAACGUCAUCAUGUGGACCUGCCUGUUCAUCGGCCAGGGGGUGCAGGUGUGCCUGUACUGCCACGAGUGGUAUGCGCAGCUACACUGCCCACGGGCAGGGAGGAGCUACUGGGAGCUGGUCAUACCCCGGUCCUGGUCCUGUAGCUACGGAGCGUGACGUUUUCUGAUCCACUAAGUGAGCGACCACACAGCGAUCCAGCCCCGACCUGCCGACUUGGGUCUAAGGGCAGAUGGAAACCCAUAUGCCUUACUAGUGGCAGAGAGAAGAGGCACAGUAAGAGGACAGAGUGGCUGGAGACAGGAAGGGCUGGAUAUGUAAGACGAACUCGCUUGUAAUCUUACUGUAGAUUUUAUAAAUUAUUACACCACCAGAUGGUAUAAAUUAUUAGUCGUUCUGCUUUUCUUUUACUUUCCCAAAGGCUUUGUUCAUUUCCUGCUGUCAAAUCCAUCUAUCAUCACUCCGCUAUUCCUGCUGAGGGAUGCAAUUACUGUCAUACUCUUCCAGUCAAAGGAAAUGUAUCAUUUAACAUGCAUUUAUUAUUGGAAACCGUUUUACACCACGAUGAAGCCAUUUACUCAGCAGAGUAAUAGUAUAAACUGUUGUGAAUAGGAUGGAGCAGCACUCAGGAGUUUCCCCCUGGGAGUAAUA